UUGUGGAAGAAGUGGGCUGCGAUUGUGUUGUGGUUGACAAUUUUGCUGCGUGCAUUUUAACAGUUAUUGAAUUUAAGAAAACAUGGAUAUCGCGGAAUCAACCGUUGAUAAUCCCGGGCAAAUUAUUAAGGAUGAUCUGGCAGAAAAAUGCCAGAAGUUGUUCCAGGCUUUCUUAGAGGAGUUUCAGAACAGCGACGGAGAGGUGAAGUACCUGCGCGACGCGGAGGAGCUGAUCCGCCCGGAGAGGAACACGCUGCUCGUCAGUUUCGCGGACCUGGAGCAGUUCAACCAAGAGCUCGCCACCACCAUCCAGGAGGAGUUUUACAGGGUGUAUCCCUAUUUGUGUCGUGCUGUGCGGAAUUUUGCACGGGAUCAUGGGAAUGUUCCUGUGAGCAAGGAGUUCUACGUGGCGAUCCAGGAUGUGCCAACGAGACACAAGAUCCGGGAGCUGACGACGGCGCGGAUUGGCAGCCUGGUGCGGAUCAGCGGGCAGGUGGUGCGCACGCACCCGGUGCACCCCGAGCUGGUGAGCGGCUCGUUCCUGUGCCUGGACUGCCAGACGGUGCUGCACGACGUGGAGCAGCAGUUCAAGUACACGCAGCCCAGCAUCUGCAGGAACCCCGUCUGCAGCAACCGCCGCCGCUUCAUGCUCGACACCAACAGGUCCAAAUUCAUCGACUUCCAGAAGGUGCGUAUCCAGGAGACGCAGGCGGAGCUGCCGCGGGGCUCCAUCCCCCGCAGUUUGGAGAUCAUCCUGCGGGCUGAGGCCGUGGAGUCCGCCCAGGCCGGGGACAAGUGCGACUUUGUGGGCUCCCUGAUCGUCGUGCCGGACGUGGCCCAGCUCUCCACCCCAGGUGUUCGUGCUGAGACCAGCUCUCGCACGGGUGGCGCACAGGGCUACGAGAACGAGGGCGUUCGCGGGCUGAAGGCCCUGGGUGUGCGAGACCUCUCCUACAAGCUAGCCUUCCUGGCCUGCCACGUGGCACCCACCAACCCCAGGUUUGGGGGUAAAGAGAUCCGGGACGAGGAGCAGACAGCUGAGAGCAUCAAGAGCCAGAUGUCUGUGAAGGAGUGGGAGAAGGUGUUUGAGAUGAGUCAAGACAAGAACCUCUACCACAACCUGUGCACCAGCCUCUUCCCUACCAUCCACGGUAACGACGAGGUGAAGAGAGGAAUUCUCCUGAUGCUGUUUGGUGGGGUUCCUAAGACCACCAUGGAGGGGACGUCACUGCGAGGGGACAUCAACGUGUGCGUCGUGGGGGACCCCAGCACCGCCAAGAGCCAGUUCCUCAAGCAUGUGGAGGAGUUCAGCCCGCGGGCCGUCUACACCAGCGGAAAGGCGUCCAGCGCCGCGGGUCUGACCGCCGCCGUCGUGAGGGACGAGGAGUCACACGAGUUUGUCAUCGAGGCUGGAGCUCUGAUGCUGGCCGACAACGGCGUGUGCUGCAUCGACGAGUUCGAUAAGAUGGAGAUGAGGGACCAGGUGGCCAUCCAUGAGGCCAUGGAGCAGCAGACCAUCUCUAUCACCAAAGCGGGGGUCAAGGCCACUCUGAACGCUCGCACCUCCAUCCUGGCCGCUGCUAACCCCGUGGGGGGGCGCUACGACAGGUCCAAGUCCCUGAAGCAGAACGUCAACCUCACCGCCCCCAUCAUGUCCCGGUUCGACCUCUUCUUCAUCCUGGUGGACGACUGCAACGAGGUCACGGAUUACGCCAUUGCCAGACGUAUAGUAGACCUCCAUUCCAGAGUUCAGGACUCAAUCGACAGGCUCUACACUUUGGAUGAAAUUCGGAGAUACCUGCUGUUUGCCCGGCAGUUCAAGCCAAAGAUCUCCACGGAGUCGGAGGACUUCAUCGUGGAGCAGUACAAGCGUCUGCGUCAGAGGGACGGCUCCGGCGUCACCAAGUCGGCCUGGCGGAUCACGGUCCGGCAGCUGGAGAGCAUGAUCCGCCUGUCCGAGGCCAUGGCUCGCAUGCACUGCUGCGACGAGGUCCAGCCGAAGCACGUGAAGGAGGCCUUCAGGCUGCUCAACAAGUCCAUCAUCCGCGUGGAGACGCCGGACGUCAACCUGGAGCAGGAAGAUGAGCAGCAAGAGGAAGACGAAGAAGCCAAUGAAGUAAACGGGCACGAUGUACCCAACGGUCACCACGAGAACAUGAACGGGCACGUGAACGGGCACGCCGAGAACGGAGACGCCAACGGCACGGCCAAGCCCUCGCUGCGGCUGUCCUUCGCAGAGUACCGCCGAAUCUCCAACCUGAUCGUCCUACACCUGCGCCGGGCCGAGGAGGAUGACGAUGAGUCUGGCCUGAAGAAGAGCGCCGUGAUAAACUGGUACCUGAAGGAAAUCGAAUCUGAAAUUGACUCGGAGGAAGAACUCAUUAACAAGAAGACGAUAAUUGAAAAAGUUAUCCACAGACUGGUGCAUUAUGACCACAUUCUGAUUGAACUGACACAGACCGGACUGAAGGGCUCUUCAGAGGCCACCGAGCCGGAGUCCCAGGAAGAGGAGGUGGUUCUGGUUGUGAACCCCAACUAUGCACUGGAAGAUUAGACCAUUCCUCCCCCUCCCCCACA